AUGGCUUUACCGAACCGAUCAUUAAGCCUCGGCCUCUCCAUUGUCAGCCUCUUGAGCUACUCUUCAAGAUGCUGUGCGCUGGCCGAGCAGAGCUGCAAGGACACAGAUGUGAUGGAAGGAUUGUGUAGUGAGGCUUCCUUCUUGCAGCAUGGCAUCGAAGUCCAGCAGGUUCUACAUGCUGUGGACAGCAAUUCUACGAUGCAGCCAGCCACGAGAUCGACCAACGCGACUCCCUCGGCUCCCGCGACUUCUUCCGGUGCUUCCAGAGCAGCGCUGCUCAAAUCCAAUGAGACUGUUGCACAGCGGGUGCUGCAGACCGAGCUGCAAAAGGAGAUGCCAGCUAUGUUGCUGAAUCAGUUGGUGGCAGCAUCUCUCGCAAGGGAGACUGCGGGCACAUCCUCCAUCGUCUCGACAGUAGUCAACUUGGUGGUGUUGGUCAUGCUGGUGCUUCUCAUCGUUUUGCUGUGCCGACACGACAUGAAUGUGCAAGAAGCAUACGAGGAGGUCAAGGAAGACCCACAGAUGCUGUACAAGCAGUUCGAGCAGGUGUCAAGUUUGGUAAUCGUUUUGGCUCGAGACGCGACAGCUUGCUUGCCCUGUCGCUUCAGGUGGCGAACUUCCUUCGUCAGUUGUCAGGAUGCGACCUCCGCACCCAACCCUUACCUCUCGGAGCAGUAUCGGACGCUGAAUUACCUCCGAAAGAUGGAGCCUCAGGAGAUCGAGAUGCUGCGGAACACAACUUUGGGCACGCGAGUCGUGGAAGGUUGUACCCUGAGAGCAGCCAUUAGUGGUGUUGGUGGGGCUGGCCUGGGCCUCCUCAUGGGAGGCUUCCUUCAUACCAUGCAGCCUCCACCAAACAUUGACACGUCACUGUCAACGAUGGAGCAGAUUCGACAGUCCUACAAGGGGUUUGGUCAAGCAUGCGUGCGCAUGUCUCGAAACUUCGCGAAGGUGGGUGUGGUUUUUGCUGGGGUAGAAUGCUUCUUCGAGCGUGAACGAGCAUGUAGAGAUCUGCCUAAUGCGAUCCUUUCUGGUUGUGUCACUGGCGGCGUGCUUGCCUUCCAAGCCACGGCCUCAAGUUGUCACCAGCAGUGA